GCCUUUGCUUUAAUGGCCAAGACUGAGAGACCCAAAUAGAGGAACCCUAAUGUGUCGCCUCAUUUUGCUCCAAAUUAGGGGCUGAGAGGCGGGAGCAACACGAUCUCCAAAAUUAGCAGAUAGAGAAUGUCGAUUCUCCAUUUACUCUCUUUUUCCCUCUUUGAAACAAAUUCAAUAUGGAUAUCCUCUUCUCUGCCUGGCCCCCCUGAUCUCUGUCAAUUCACCUUUCCCAGGGAGGUUCUCCAGUUUCUUCGAUUGGGAACCUGGGAAAUUCUUCUGGGGGCUUCGAUCUCUCUUUUGAAUGCGAAUCAAGAGAUUCAUGUUCAGCAUUACAGGUAUCCAUAUGCAAUCAGUUCCAUCUUUCCUCCAGCCAAAUGGGAUUGAAAUUUUCGAAGCAGGGGCCAGGGAAGGCUGGAAAUACAAGCUUAUUCCAUGCCCAGCAUUCGCUGCUCAAAUAUCUCACCCAGAGCUCUUAUAUUCGCACUUGGGUAUCCAAGCAUCGGAGGAGGAUGCUUGUUGGUGGGUAUGAUCUUGACAUGUCAUAUAUUACAGAUCGUGUGUUAGCAAUGUCAUUCCCUGCAGAACGUAUGCGAGCAAUGUAUCGUAAUCCUCUAUGGCAGGUUAAAUCUGUGCUGGAUAUGAGGCACCAAGGGCAUUACAAGAUCUUUAAUUUAUGCAUAGAAGAAUCUUAUGAUCCAUCACAUUUUCAUGGCCGUGUCGAGAGAUAUCCUUUUGAUGAUAACCACGUCCCUCCUCUCCAAAUGGUGAAGCUUUUUUGUGAGAGUGUGCAUUCAUGGUUAUCAAGUGACCCAAAAAAUAUUGCAGUUAUACAUUGCAUGGCAGGGAAAGGUCGUACAGGCUUGAUGGUUUGUGCCUACCUUGUUUACACUGGUAUGUUGGCGGAGGAGGCACUCCAGUUGUAUGCACUUAAACGAACUACCAACAAUGAAGGGGUAUCGAUACCAAGUCAACGCCGUUAUGUGGGUUACUGGGCCAAUGUACUUUGUUUUCCCAGGUUAAUUGGUAAUGUCCCUCCUGAAGUGAACUUGCCUCCAGCGUGUAGCAGAGAAUUGCGGCAAAUUCGACUUUAUGACAUAGUUGAUACUGCCUCAGUCUUUUUCGUGGUAUCAGAGUUGCAAAAGAUUCCUGAUCAGCUAUACCGUCCACCAGUGGAAGUUUCCAAGGGUUGCUGCAGACCAAUUAAGAAAGGAUAUCAGAGAAAUAACAGCCCAAGAUACUUUAUCUCCUUCGUUGAAGAUGAUGAACAAGGGACAAAACCAGCGGUAGAAGAACCACAUGUUGUAGCUCAAAUGGACACUGAGAGUUCCAUGCUUUACAAAAAGACCUGUCUUGAUUACUAUUUCGAUAAACCUAUACGGUUGACUGGAGAUGUGCGUGCAAUAUUCUACGAGAAAAUGUUCGGAGGGCGUCUUUUCUAUGCCUGCUUCAAUACCGCUUUCAUAAAAAAUAGCUUACUGCAGUUCUCUCUGCGGGAUUUGGAUAAGGUUGGGAAUAAAGGUAGAGCAAUAUGUGGGUCUGAAUUCUGCUUGGAGUUGUUGUUUGGUCCUGCAAAUCCUAGUGGCUCACUGGUGCCUGAAGGUGAUAAUUCCCGUGAUGAGUUAUUCUGAAGUGCGACUCAGAUUUGUUGAAGAGAUAUAAAAGGUCAUAUACAUUUCUUAAUAUACAAACCUCUCCUUGUGAUUAUUUCACAAAGUUGUCAUGGCAAAUCUUCUGCUGCUCUUACAGUAGUGCACCAAUACAUCUUCUUGUUCUUCUGUCUUGUUUUUCAUGGGCUGAAGGGCUUAGGAAUAAUAAAAAUUUUUGUAUAUUAGAAUUCAAGAGAAUUUGGCAAAAUUUGUUUUUGUCUUUUUAUUGGCUGGGAAACAAGUCCUACUGUCAGUUGUAUUUGUAUAUUCUUCGGGGUCUGUCAUUUCUUGUUCUGUUGGAGAUGUACCUUUAAGAUUGGGCAUUUGCACCCAAAUGAUUACUGCCUUAAAUAUCUGAAAUCAACAGUAAAAUAAAAUCAUAUAUCCGCA